AUGCCGGUACGUUAAACAUCGAUAAUUCUUCAUCGAGUGUGCGAAUACAUUUGUUCACCUUUAACUUCUUCUGAAAUAUUUUGAAAGCAUUUCAUGAUUUAAUAUACUUUCUUUUGUUCCAUGUAUUGCUGACGACGAACCAUGUUUGAAUCGGUUCUGUUCCAAUGGUGUUCGAAGCAGUUUCGUGAAGAUUAUUGAAGACAGCCAUGCCACUUAUCUUUAUUUUUGCAUGGGUUUCGUACUGAUAGUUUCCAGCGUCACGCUGGUAAAGGUAAGCUUUCUAACGCGCAAAUCCCCACAAGAACUCAAACAGUCGUAAACAUUUUUUGGAAAUGAUUAUGUUACGAGCAGAUUUCAACGUACACGGAAAUUUCUGGAGAAUUCUUCAAGGACAGUUUAUUUUUCUUCCUUCAAAUAUUGCACCUAGGUUUCUUAUCGUUGCAAGGACAAUUCAUAUUGGACUCGAACAAUCAAAUUACGCAGUCGAUAUACAGCGCGCUGUGGUACAACGCUAAUACAAAUACGCAAAUGUUAUUCGCAUUCGCGUUAAGAAGUUGCCUGAGUCUUCCCACUCUGUCAGCCGGGGGACUGUUCACCUUGAAUUUCGAGAGCUUUUCCGAGGUAAAAAAUAUUCUUUCUUCCAUAUCGUAACAGUGUCCCGUAAUUUGACGUACGCGACCGUACGUUUUUUUUUUUUUUUCAGAUUAUAAAAGCAUCUUUCUCAUACUUCACGGUAUUACAAUCUGCAUAA